CAAUCACUGGUCAGACUUGAACAGCGGUCACUCUGGCGUGCUUUAGUUUGCGACGAGUGAUUUGUGUUUUUACAAACUUUCAGAUGAUUCAGGCGUUAGCAAGUACGCUAACGUCAGGUAAUGACCGAGCUCUGGUGAGAGCCGAGGCUGUGCAGUCAUGUCAGGGCCAAACGUUUGGACGCGUAGCCGAGAGAGGAUGAGGCGAUUCCCCGACUUGCUUGCCCAGUGCUCCACAGAGGCAGCGGCUUAUGGCAAAUGUGUGGUCGCCACGACUACUGGCAAGCAGGAGCUGAAGAAGGAUUUAUGUGCAAAAGAGUUUGAAGGACUGAAGGCCUGUUUUGUCUCUGCUGCAAAGCGGGGUAUGAAGUAAAGGGGCGAACUGCAGCCUUAGUCUGUAUUGUGGAUGUAUACACUAAUAUAGGCUGUAUAGAUGACCAGUUUCUGUUAUGGGACUUUUUUUUUUUAAACCACAAUCAGCAGAUAUUGUAUUAUUUUAUACAAAAAUAUUUAAAUAGAAAAUGAAUGUUUAACUUAUGUUUAUAUUGUCUUACUGCAAAAAAAUAAACUAUUUGUAUGGCA